AUGGCUGAAACCUGUCAGAUAGCCCGUAAGCAAGAUUUGCCCCCUCCGGGGGGCUAUAAACCAAUUCCAUAUAAAAGGAUCCCUGCAAAAACAUUCUUCAGCGGAUAUACCAUAUUUGCCGGCUACCUUGGGGUUACAGCAGCCGCCAUCUACCUGUACAAUAUAAACUAUAAACAAGUUGUAAAGGAUCGGAUAGAGAUGCGCUCAGCCAAGAUGGCAAUAUACCCGAUGUUGGUUGCAGAACGAGAUAGAGAAUAUCUGAAGCAACUCCGUAGAAACCGAGAUGCUGAAGAGAAGCUCAUGGCUGAUGUUCCAUGUUGGGAGGUUGGCACAUACUAUGGUGAAAAAGUGUACAAUCUUUCCCCCAAAGAUACGCUCCACGAGCCCAUCUUCCAUGAAUACUAUGUGCACUCCAAUCCUUAUGACUGGUUCCAGCGUGCACACCUUAAACUGCGCUCAUAA